AGAUCUCAAGGAUGUCCGGGAAAGAGGCAGCGGGUGUUAUCCAGUCCGUUUCCGGACCUGUUGUGGUCGCAGAGAACAUGGCUGGAUCUGCUAUGUACGAGUUGGUUCGUGUUGGUACCUUGCGUCUGAUCGGAGAGAUUAUCCGUCUUGAUGGCGAGACUGCCACCAUUCAGGUUUACGAGGAAACUUCUGGUCUCACUGUUGGGGAUCCUGUCGAGCGCACUGGAAAGCCUCUUUCCGUCCAGUUGGGCCCCGGUGUCAUGAACCAGAUCUUUGAUGGUAUCCAGCGUCCUCUUGAGGUUAUCGUGAAGCAGUCCGGAACUGUGUUCAUUCCUAGGGGUAUCGACGUUCUUGCUCUUGACAUGGACAAGGCCUGGCCAUUCAGACCCUCUCCUGAGUUCAGUGUGGGAUCUAUCAUCACUGGUGGAGACAUCUUUGGAAGUGUGCAGGAGAAUGAAUUGAUUGAGCACAAGAUCAUGUUGUACCCCCGCGAGCACGGCCGCAUCACCUGGAUGGCCGGGCCUGGAAACUACAACUUGAAGCAGGACAUCAUUGAGAUUGAGGCGGCUAACGGUCAGAAGAAGCGCUUCACUAUGUGCCAGUACUGGCCUGUUCGCGAUCCUCGUCCUGUCGCUGAGAAGCUUGCGGGCGAUCACCCCCUCCUCACUGGUCAGCGCGUGCUCGAUGCCCUCUUCCCCUCCGUGCAGGGAGGUACCUGCGCCGUUCCGGGAGCUUUCGGCUGCGGCAAGACCGUUAUCUCUCAGUCUCUCUCCAAGUACUCCAACUCCGAUGCUAUUGUUUAUGUCGGAUGUGGCGAGCGUGGAAAUGAGAUGGCUGAGGUUUUGAUGGAUUUCCCUGAGCUUACUAUGGAGAAGGAUGGCAAGGUUUACCCCAUCAUGAAGAGAACUACCCUCGUUGCCAACACCUCGAACAUGCCUGUUGCUGCCCGAGAGGCUUCUAUCUACACUGGAAUCACCCUUGCUGAGUACCUUCGUGACAUGGGCAUGAACGUGUCUAUGAUGGCCGACUCCACCUCACGAUGGGCUGAGGCUCUUCGUGAGAUCUCCGGUCGUCUUGCAGAAAUGCCUGCCGAUCAGGGUUAUCCUGCUUACUUGGCUGCUCGUCUGGCCUCUUUCUACGAGCGUGCUGGAAAGGUUCAGUGCCUUGGCAACCCCAAGCGUACUGGCUCUGUUACCAUUGUUGGCGCCGUGUCUCCUGCUGGAGGCGAUUUCUCUGACCCUGUGUGCGCUGCUACUCUCGGUAUCGUUCAGGUUUUCUGGGGUUUGGACAAGAAGCUUGCUCAGCGCAAGCACUUUCCAUCUGUAAAUUGGCUCAUCUCCUACUCCAAGUACGAGAAGCAUUUGUCGAAGUUCUACGAAACUUUCGAUCCAGACUUCAUUAGGAUUCGUACUCGCGUUAGGGAAGUGCUGCAGACAGAAGAGGAUCUCAUGGAAAUCGUUCAGCUUGUCGGAAAGGAUUCGCUCGCCGAAGCCGACAAGAUCACCCUUGAGGUGGCCAAGAUUAUCCGCGAGGACUUCUUGGCUCAGAACGCCUACUCUCCCUACGAUCCUUGCUGCCCCUUCUACAAGAGCGUCUGGAUGCUCAAGAACAUCGUCAAGUUCUACGAGAGCUCGUUGAAGGCUGUCGAGCUGUCAGCUGGCGAUCGCAAGAUCAACCUCAACAUCAUCAAGCAGCAGAUGGGUAAGACGAUCUACAAGAUCACCGCUAUGAAGUUCGAGGACCCCAAGAACGGACGGGAGGCCCUCGAGACUGUCUACAAGGCUCUUGAGGAGGAGAUCACCCAGCAAUUCCGCAACCUCGAGGACAUGUAAACGACUUAGGACUCCUUCACUCUUUUGCAAAAUUGUUGAGGAACAUACAGCGUACGAGUUGAUAAAACUGCAGCGAUGAA